UCUGCUAUCAGAGGGUUACUUCCUGCAGAAGGUUCUGUGGAAUUUAUAAUAAACACGGAAAAACAAAUUUGUGCAACGAAGAAAAAUAAAUAAAUAUAUAUUAUAUAUAUAUAUAGAGAGAGAGAGAGAGAGAUUAGAGAGAAGGAAAAAGAAAGAGAGAAAGAAAAACAACGGUUUUAUGAUUGUAGUGAGUUGUAAGAAAUGAUCAAAGGUGGGUUUCGUGACAUCUUUGUUGUGCUGCUAAGCCGAGAUUCUGGAAGAUCAAUAUCUCCACGUAAUCUACUCUAACCAUCUACGCUACCACUCCAAGAUUUUCCCCUUAAAAUAAUAACUGUUCCUUCCUUUCAUGCUUCCUAAUUUGGUUAUUUAUGUGCUGUCUCUUGUUGGAUUCAAAAUUCCCCUGAUGAACUGGAUUCUGGGUGGGUUUGGCAUAAUUCGGGUUUAUUCUUCGCCUUCUUUUUUUGGGUUCUGAUUGUUUCGUCAUUUUCGCCGCCUGCCUCUUCAUACACGCCGUUUCAGUCUCCUCCUCAUUGUUGGGUUCGGUGCGUCUGUUUUUUGAGUUGGGUUGCUUUUAACUAGGGUUUUUGAGAGGAUCUAAGGUUAAAGUUUUCGUUUUUCCACGAAUAUCUGUGUUGGGUAUGUGCGAAGUUGAGCUAUUGUUGCAGCGUUUAGUUUGGGUUGAUUGAUUUGUAAUUUUGUCGUAAAGGGUUUUUUUGUGUGUGUGUGUUUUGUUUUUUCCUGCCGAUGGUUGGGCUCGUUUCCAGAUGCAGUAAUCUUAGAAUUUAUUAGGUUCCAAAUCGAUAAACUUCUCCUUUUUUUGGGGUUAAAGUAAAAAAGCUUUUCUGUUAUAAAAAGAAAGAAAGGUUAGAUUGGGUUGCUACGGUGUUGUUGUUUCAGCUAUAGCUGAGAGUUUGACGUGAUCCCUUUUAUUUGGUCUUGAUUGAUUUUCUUUUUUGGUGGAAGGAGGUUGUGAUUAAGGCCUUGUUGUGUUGAUUGGGACUUAGUGGUGGAUAAGAUGAGUUCCAGCUUGACUGGUAGUUUGGUCCAUGAAGGCCAGCUUCUGGUUCAUAUUGCUGAGAAUGGACACUCGUUUGAGUUGAAUUGUGAUGAAAACACGCUUGUUGAGGAAGUUAUGCGGUCAAUUGAGGAAGUUACCGGGAUUAAUCUCAGUGAUCAGCUUGUUCUUUGUUUGGAUAUGAAACUUGAGUCGCAGAGGCCACUGUCUGCAUACAAGCUUCCAUCUGAUGAAAGAGAAGUUUACAUAUUCAAUAAGGCAAGGCUUCAAAACAACUCGCUACCUCCACCACCAGAGCAAGUUGAUAUCCCCAGAAAUUUGGAGCCUCCAUCACCAUCUUCCUCUCAUGAUCCACACCCUCUUGAUGAUGCUUCAGAUCCUGCUUUGAAGGCUUUACCUUCUUAUGAGCGGCAAUUCAGGUACCAUUAUCAUCGAGGGUAUGCCAUUUAUACUGGUACCAUGAUGAAAUAUGAGCAUUGUGAGAGGCUUUUGAGAGAACAGAUGGUCCAAGAAAGAGCAGUGGAGGUUGCUAGGGGUAAUUUGGAUCAGUACUAUCGAAUGAUAAACCAAAACUAUACGGAUUUCAUGAAUCGUUUUAUGCAACAACACAGGAUACAUUCUGGUCUCUUGGUGAAUUUUGGGAAGGAUGUUGAUAAACUCAGAUCCAUCAAACUUCACCCUGCUUUACAAACUGCUAGCCGCAAAUCUUUACUGGAUUUGGUGAAGGAAGAAAACUUGCGGAAGUCAGUGGAGAUAUGCACCAGCUCCCACAAGCAGUUUGAGAAUAAAGUGUCACAAUUUAAGCAGACUUUUGGGGAAGUGAAGCAUCGGGUUGAGGAAGUGUUGUCCAGCAGGGCUUUCUUGCCCAUCAAGAAUUUAGAACAAGCAAUUAAAGAUCAUCAGAGAUAUACAAGUGAACAAAAGAGCAUCAUGCAAUCUCUGAGCAAAGAUGUUAACACUGUAAAGAAACUGGUGGAUGACUGUCUAUCCUCCCAAUUAUCCUCCUCACUUCGUCCUCAUGAUGCAGUUUCAGCCUUGGGUCCUAUGUAUGAUGUUCAUGACAAAAAUCACUUGCCUAAAAUGCAGGCUUGUGAUCGUGCUAUUUCUAAGCUACUUGACUUUUGCAAGGAAAAGAAGAAUGAAAUGAACAUCUUUGUGCACAAUUACAUGCAAAGCAUAACUUAUGUUUCUUAUCUCAUCAAAGAUCAGAAGCUACAGUUUCCUGUAUUUAAAGAGGCAAUGGCUCGUCAGGAUGGCUUAUUUGUGGAUUUAAAGUUGUUUCAUGGUAUUGGUCCUGCAUAUAGAGCUUGCCUUGCAGAAAUAGUGAGACGAAAGGCUUCUAUGAAGCUCUACAUGGGCAUGGCUGGGCAAAUGGCUGAAAAGCUUGCUACAAAACGGGAGGUUGAGGUCAGGAGACGAGAGGAGUUUCUGAGAGCACAUAGUUCAUGCAUUCCUAGAGAUGUAUUAGCAUCUAUGGGGUUGUUUGACACUCCUAACCAAUGUGAUGUCAAUAUAGCUCCAUUUGAUGUUGGUUUGCUUAAUAUUGACAUAUCAGAUGUGGAUCGAUAUGCACCUGAGUAUCUAGCAGGAGUAACUUCCAAGCUGGAGAAGCAUGGAAGCUUUAAAAGUUCAUCUGCUUUGAGUAGUGAUAGCUCUCAAUUGGCUGAGGCUGUAGAUAUUGCUGUUGACUCAAUUGAGAGAUAUGAUUCUGAGGACCUCCUUGAUGGCAGUGAGUUGGUAGAAAUUGCUGGAACCAGCAAGAUGGAAGUUGAGAAUGCAAAACUGAAAGCUGAGCUUGCUGCUAGAAUAGCUUUAAUAUGUUCUCUAUGCCCUGAGGUAGAGUAUGAGUCACUGGAUGAAGAAAGGGCAGAUAAUAUACUGAAGAAUGCCACAGAGAAGACAGCAGAAGCCUUGCAUUUGAAAGAUGAAUAUAUUAAACAUGUUCAUUCCAUGCUUAAGAUGAAGCAGAUGCAGUGUGUGUCAUAUGAGAAACGUAUACAAGAAUUGGAGCAUAAAUUGUCUGAUCAAUAUGUGCAGGGGCAAAAGAUGUCCAGUGUAAAUGAUGCAGCUGACUUUCCCCUUGUGACUGGGAAGACAGAUAAUUGCAAGUCAGAAUAUGAGAGUGGUGAAGCCCACAUGCCUUGCAUAUCUACUUCCGAGUCCAUGGAUGAGGUUUCAUGCAUCUCAAGUUCCUUGGAUGCAAAACUUGGUCUGUUCACUGAACGAAUGGGUAAAGCUUUAGAUGGGGUGGAUGAAAACAUGUUUGAUUCCUCUGGAGUACAGAACCCACAGUUGGAUUCAUCUAUGAUGGAGCCUUAUCGUGAAGAAGUGCAAAGUGGUGAUAAAGAUAAAAAAGAUAAGAUGGUCGGACAAUUGGGCAUGUCACUAACAAACAGUUCUACUGCUGAGAGCUUGCCUGUGUCACACGAUCUUGUACCUUGUGACUCAGCCGUUUGUCCAGACUUGGAUUCCAAAGUAAAUGUUGAUAAGUUGUUCGAACUGCAAAGUGAACUUGCAGAUAAGUCAAAUCAAUUGAACGAAACUGAGACUAAGCUUAAAGCUGUUUUGGAUGAGGUUGCUGUGCUCAGAAGGGAGUUGGAGGCAAGUCAAAAACUGCUUGAUGAAUCUCAGAUGAAUUGUGCUCACCUGGAGAGUUGUUUGCAUGAAGCAAGAGAGGAAGCUCAGACACAAAAAAGUUCUGCUGACAGGAGGGCUUCAGAGUAUAGUUUACUGCGUGCAUCUCUUAUUAAAAUGCGCAGCUUUUUUGAAAGGCUCAAGACCUGUGUAUAUUCUCCUGGCGGUGUGGCUGGUUUUGCAGAUUCCCUGCAUAAUUUGGCGCAAUCUUUAUCCAAUUCUGCUAAUGACAGAGAUGAUGAUGAUAUUGCCGAGUUCCGAAAAUGUAUCCGUGUAUUGGCCGAUAAAGUUGGUUUCUUAUCCGGGCACCGUAAAGAGUUACUUGAGAAGUACACAAGACUGGAAGCUGCUAACGAACUGCUUCGGAAAGACUUGGAGGAAAAAAUAGAUCAGGUCAAAACUUAUUACAAUAAGCAUCAACUUGAGAAGCAGGCAAAUAAAGAGAAGAUUUCUUUUGGUUGCCUUGAAGUUCAUGAGAUUGCUGCUUUCGUGCUCACUCCAGCUGGGCAUUAUGAGGCAAUUAGUAGGAACUGCUCUAACUACUACUUAUCUACUGAAUCUGUGGCCUUAUUUGCAGACCAUCUUCCAAGCAGACCUAACUACAUUGUUGGACAAAUUGUGCAUAUUGAACGCCAAAUUGUGAAGGCAGUGCCCGAACAUGGUAGGGCAGAAAAGGGGACUGAGUGGUUGUCCUUGAAUUCAGGAUCAACUCCAAACCCAUAUGGUCUCCCUGUUGGCUGUGAAUAUUUCCUAGUGACUGUAGCCAUGUUACCUGAUACCACUAUUCAUUCAUCCUCUACUUCCUGAUCCUGCAUCGUCCUGGCAGAUUAGACGUGAUGGAAGAAUUCAAUUGUACAUAAAAAACAACAUUCAAAGUCCUAAUGCUCUUCAUGGGUGAUCAACAAGUUAACCAUUUGUGCAGCUGAUGAACCCAUUCUCUUUCAAUCUCUCCCCUUUGUACAUAUUUCUACCUUUUUAUGAUAUUGUACAAAC